AUGGAUGCCGCCGAGGCAUCUCAAACUCGGUGCACCAGGAACCAGCUUCCCGAUCUUGCCCCUCGAACCCCCUCGUCCCAGUCUGCUCCCCGCUAUGCCUGCUGCAGCCACCUCACCUCUCGCUGUUCCUCAGACGUGGCAAAGAGAAAUGAGAGCAUCGAUAACUUUAACACCUACAAAAUCUUCCCCAAAAUAAAAAAGUUGCAAGAGCGAGACUACUUCCGUUAUUACAAGGUCAACCUGAAGCGGCCGUGCCCGUUCUGGGCGGAAGACGGCCAUUGCUCCAUAAAGGACUGCCACGUGGAGCCGUGUCCAGAGAGUAAAAUUCCCGUCGGAAUUAAAGCUGGGAUUUCGAACAAGUACUUGAAAGUGGCCAACAAUACCAAAGAAUUUGAAGACUGUGAGCAAGCUAGCAAACUGGGAGCAAUUAACAGCACAUUGAGCAAUCAGAGCAAAGAGGCUUUCAUUGACUGGGCGAGAUACGAUGACUCACAGGAUCACUUUUGUGAACUUGACGACGAAAGGUCCCCAGCUGCCCAGUACGUGGACCUGCUGCUGAACCCCGAGCGCUACACGGGCUACAAAGGGCCGUCCGCCUGGAGGGUGUGGAACAGCAUCUAUGAAGAGAACUGCUUCAAGCCUCGAUCUGUUUAUCGUCCUUUAAACCCGCUGGCACCCAGCCGAGGAGAAGAUGAUGGAGAAUCAUUCUACACGUGGCUAGAAGGUUUAUGUUUGGAGAAAAGAGUCUUCUAUAAGCUCAUAUCGGGACUUCAUGCCAGCAUCAAUUUACAUCUGUGCGCGAAUUAUCUUUUGGAAGAAACCUGGGGUAAGCCCAGCUGGGGACCUAACAUCAAAGAAUUCAAACGCCGCUUUGACCCCGUGGAAACCAAGGGAGAAGGCCCGAGGCGGCUGAAGAACCUGUACUUCCUGUACCUCAUUGAGCUGCGGGCCUUGUCCAAGGUGGCCCCGUACUUCGAGCGCUCGGUGGUCGAUCUGUACACUGGCAACGUGGACGAUGACGCCGACACCAAGACCCUCCUCCUGAACAUCUUCCAAGACACAAAGUCCUUUCCCAUGCACUUUGACGAGAAAUCCAUGUUCUCCGGUGACAAGAAGGGGGCCAAGUCGCUAAAGGAGGAAUUCCGGCUGCAUUUCAAGAACAUCUCUCGCAUAAUGGACUGCGUUGGGUGUGACAAGUGCAGGCUGUGGGGGAAGCUGCAGACUCAGGGUUUAGGAACUGCCCUGAAGAUACUGUUCUCUGAGAAAGAAAUCCAGAAGCUUCCGGAGAACAGCCCAUCGAAAGGCUUCCAGCUCACUCGGCAGGAAAUAGUUGCUCUUCUCAAUGCCUUUGGGAGGCUUUCUACAAGCAUCAGAGAAUUACAGAAUUUUAAAGUCUUAUUGCAACACAGUAGGUAAUAAAGGCUUUUCUAUGUCUGGUUAGACAUAAAGUGACUGUGAGGACUUUUCCUCUUGGACAUUCAGCAGAAGGAGACUAACCUUCCGGGACUUCAAGAACUGAGCUCUUAAGGAGAAAUGCAAAUGUUCACUUGAAUAUUUAUGAUUCUGAAUAGACUGUCAAUUAGAGGUAUUUAUAAAGGAAGUAUAUACUUUUAAAACAUGUAAGUUAUGCUAAUUCCGUGUUUAAUUUCGUUGCCAUCUGUUGACUGUUCUGCUAUGCUGUUCGGUUGGAAUCGGUUCUGUUCUUACUCUGUUAUGCUUCAUUUCCAGUUGUCAGACCUGAACGACUGUUUCCUUCCUGGUAGCACUGUGAACUGUCUGUGAUGGGAAGGCGAGGCCGGGAGCGUUAGGGCUGGUCUCGGGUGGGGCUGGCCGGGGACCGCAGUGCCUGGCCGGCCUCGCUCUGUGUCACCUUCUAGCCUGCGGGAGUGCUCGUGUGAUGGGUGGCCUUGUACGUGUCUAGUUUCAGAAGUCCCUGAAGAGUCCCCAGGACUUCAACUCCCACUUCAUUGGUUUGUGUCUAAGUUUGUAGUUGCUGUUGUAGGUUUGCUUGGUCUGAAGGCCCUGCUUCGGUGAAGGUAAGUACCGCCGCCCGCACCGCCAGGCCAGGUCCUGAGUAAGGGCGGGCCCGGGCGUCUGUACUCAGAACCUGGACACCAGUUUCUUUGAUUUUAUGUUUCUUUGUUUCUUCUCCAAUUUUAGAAAUUUUCAUUUACUCAAAACAAAACAAAACACAAAAAUUGCAUAAAUAUUUAGCAGUUCCCAUCUUGAUAAAAUUUGAGUGGGAGUUCAUGGAUUUAUAAUGCCAAUUUAAAACAGGAUGUGCACAAAACUUACUAUUUUCCAUACAGGGAAGCAUUUUUAGGGGUUUUACUUUGGAGCACAAUCUAUGCAAUCCUCAGUCUGGUUUCCUCAGCGGGAGGUUUAAGCAGGUGGGUCAGUCAGCUCAAGCCUCUGGGCUGCCUCUCCCCUCUCCUCUCUCGUUCAUGGCAUGUAAGCCGCCCUUCGGGGGAUCUGUGCCAACAGGUGACUCAUUGGCCCUAAGCAGUCACUUCUAAACCCGGGAUCCAAAUGCCCUUAACAUUGGAAAUGCUGAUCCUUUUAAAAGGUGUUAGGAGAUAGAAUGUGGGAAGGUGGCGCCUGUGUGGAGGGACUGAGGGCACAAGUAGGUUUCCUUGGCCUCUUCAGUCUUGUGUGAAGUCAUAAGGCCCUAAACGCCCAUGGCUGCUGGGCCCGAGUCGGAGCCGUGGCCACUGGGCUAGUGGCACGUUUUACAGUCAAUGAGUUGGCUCCCCGUCUUUUAAAAAGACUUAGUCACCCUUGCAGGGAGGGGUGUGGUUGGAGGGAGGCAGGGCUCACUGGCUAAUUCUCUCCUGACCUGAUUUCUAACCGCUGUGGAGCUGGGCUUUGUUGGUGAUGGUGAUGUUUUUGUUCAGUCGAAUGAACAGGCUGGCUGGAUGGGAGCUGCCUCCACUUUUUCUUCAUUUUAGGGGUGCAAGUGUCGUGUGGGGGCGAGGGGACCUUGGGGUAAACAGGUUGAAAAGUGAUAAUAUUGCAGGUAAAUUGUAUCGCGGAGAAUUACUCUUUGUGCUCAUUCGGAGCUUAAGAAAAUGUGAAAGUUUGCACUUGGUUUAUUUUUCCUGUAAGCUUAAAAAUCGUUUUGGUGGUGUGACUUCCUUGUUCCCUCAGCUGAAGACAAAGCCUAUUAUUUAAACUCGAUUUCCUGCAGAAUCCUUGGUCAUUUCCAUAUAUUGCUUUUUCUCUGUACUUUGAUUUGCUUCAAACUUAGGCAACAACAAUUGUACAUUAGAGUGAGUUCUAGGCGAUUCAGGUCUGGUUGGGGUAAAAGCUCUUUUCAAAGUUUAAACCGAUGUUUUUUCACUGCCGAGAAAAAUAAACAAAUGAAGUCUAUUUAAGCUGAAA